AUGGCUGACACCGAGGAACAACGACCCUCGAUCCCAGACCGCAAACAGCGCAAGUCGGUAGUUUUCGAUUCAGAGACAACCAUCGUCGAGGCAGACGGCAAGGUCACCACCAUGGCUUCCCCCGAAGAGACCAAGGUCACGGCAGAGUCCCACACCCCAAGUACGCAGCCGCUCUCUGACGCCCUUGGAGCCUUCACUGAUCCUAAAGAAGCUCCUGUCGAUGACGCGCCCCCAGCCGAGGAGGGUGGCCUCGACCUCACGAUGAAAAAGAAGAAGAAGAAGAAGGUCCCCAAGGAGGGCGAAGAGGAUGCCGAGGCUGGCGACGCGCCCGCUGAUGGUGCCGACGGCGGCCUCGACCUCAGCAUCAAGAAGAAGAAGAAGAAGAAGGUCAAGACUGAGGAGGGCGACGAGUUCGCUGCCAAGCUUGCCGCGCUGGACCUCGACAAGGAAGGAGAGGGCGCCGAUGCCGAGGCUGAGGGCGAGGAGGAGUCCGGCGACAUGGAGAAGGGAACAGGCAUCUGGAAGCACGACGAGACUAAGAACAUUGGCUACGACCUCCUCCUGAGCCGCUUCUUCAGCCUGCUGUCCCAGAAGAACCCCGACCACGCGUCGACCGGCUCCAAGAGCUACAAGAUCCCCCCUCCCCAGUGUCUGCGCGAAGGCAACAAGAAGACCAUCUUUGCCAACAUUCCCGAGAUUUGCAAGAGGAUGAAGCGUACCGAGGAGCACGUGACUGCUUACUUGUUCGCUGAGUUGGGUACGAGCGGUUCCGUUGACGGCAGCAGGCGUCUCGUCAUCAAGGGUCGUUUCCAGCAGAAGCAGAUCGAGAACGUCUUGAGAAAGUACAUUCUGGAAUAUGUCACAUGCAAGACAUGCCGCUCACCCGACACCGAGCUCAACAAGGGAGAGAACCGUCUGUACUUCAUCACAUGCAACUCAUGCGGUUCUCGGCGGUCCGUCACGGCGAUCAAGACUGGUUUCUCUGCCCAGGUCGGCAAGAGAAAGAAGAUGCGUGCUUAA